AUGAAUGUCCAUCAAAAUACGUCACUUCUCGAUCAUCCGGCGGCAUUUAUGGAAACGGGCUCUUAUAAAGGCUCGAAUCGAACAGCUGAUAACGGCAUGGCAGGGCGCGAGGUGGUUAAGUGCGCGCUAGCCAAAGUAGGAGAAGGACGACGAACAAAGAAGAAGGAUGGAAAACGAGUGUCCUUGAAUAAUCUCAAUCGUCAAACUUCUCCAAUCACAAACGUACUGACCGAUACAAGUCGUACUAAUCUAGGGCGCAGUAGCGUCAACUGGCAGAGUAGCUCUUCCUGGCCGCAGAAUUCGAAACGAUUCGGUGCGAACAAGUACCGGUUGAAUCGAGCCCAGCAGAAUCAGCAAGAGACGGAUGAGAAUUCGAUGCGGGAAAUGGCCUCUAUCGCCAGCCAGAAUGGUCUUCCUUUUCGAAGUAACAAGCCGCAGUACAAGAAUCACCAAUGGUCGACGAAACGAGCUCAUCGCGGGGCGACAAAUGCUAACCCGGCUCUAAGAUUUUACAAUCAGCAAAAUAAGAAAGAGGACUACUCCAAUAAGCAUUAUAAAGAUAUUCACCAUGUGCAUAAAGCGACUCAUUUGGACAGCUCGACCACGCGAUUGAGAACAUUUGACUGCAGGAUGAUUAACACGGCACUCCCCAGUCGAUCAUUAAAUCUCGUCACGCGCCAUGGGCAACCAUCACUGAGAAACUCGAUAGGAACGUAUGUACUCGAAGGCUCUGAGCGAUUUAUAUAUCUACGAGAAAAUCUUCUAUUCGAUUCAACGAUGCGAGCCCGUCCUCCAUCGCGAGAAAAGUUUGUCUUUGCCUCAGACUCUGGUCGGGUCAUCAACGAUGCUCUUACCAAUAAGAUUCCAGCGACUCGCCCACCACUGUUCUUCCGGGAUCUGUACACGAAGAAAGCGUAUCUGCGGCCAGAAAUUUCUCCCAAACAUGACGACUUGUAA